AUGGCUCGAAUCGCUCAAGCAAUUAGUGAAAUCGUGACUCCAAAGCCCACGGCGCUCGUUCCAAUUACCAUGGGCAGUGAAGAGAUUGAAGUGGCGGCACUGUGCGAUAUUCUCGCUCGUGGUGGGGUUCGUGUUACAGUGGCAAAUGUUGGCGGAUCCCUUCACCACAUCAUCAAGCUCGCUAAAGGUACAGGUGUGCAAGCAGACAAGCCGCUCGAGUUCUGCGUCAAUGAAGAAUACGAUGUCAUUGCGGUGCCCGGUGGACCUGGAGCGAAGACUUUAGGUGCUUGUCGGAUGCUAACGACACUACUGAAAAAGCAAAAGACUGCUAAGAAACUUUAUGCAGCAGUUGGUGAAGCUACCUACGAAGUGCUUUUUCAUAAUGCGCUAGUUGAAGGUCCGAUGGCUGGUGAUCCUGCAGACAAACUAAUCAUGAGUGAUCUGUACUUUGAUGAUGAUGUGGUUAUAACGGAAAAUUGCGUGACGAGCAAAGGGCCGGCAACAGUCAUCGCCAUGGCUGACGAUGAAAAAAGAAGGAUCGAACAUUUGAUUGCUUGCUGCACCAAACAUUGGAUCAAGGACAGUAAAGAAGCUCUUGGACAAGUUAUUGAAGGUCAGCGAAGUCGAGGUUUAUAA